AUGGCAGCCACAGCGCAGUCCGUUGAAGCUCCUGAUCGUGCUCUUCUGGAAGGUCAGGCCGAUGCUGCUUAUGGUUCCACUCCUUCACCAGCUGGAGACGCUGGUCAGGGCAGGGAAUCCCGGGAUGCACCCCGCCUUUCUCCAGAAGAGGUCCUCAAUGAGAUCAUGCGUAAUGCAGAUGAAUACAUGAAGAUCAUUCUCAACUCUUUCCUGAAGGGGUUGGCGCCCCUAUUUGCCGAAGGUCUGGGCACAUUCGCGCUGGUCUUCACAGUGGGAUGCGUUGUCACUUCUCCCACACCAUCGCCAUGGGCUGCUACUUCAAUUGCCUCGGUACUUGUGGUUAUGAUCUAUGCCACUGCUCCGAUCUCGGGUGGGCACCUCAAUCCAGCGGUGACCUUUGCCAUGGCAAUGCUGGGAAAGAAGUCCUUUGCUGGGAUGUUGGUCUACUGGCUCUUCCAGUUCAUGGGGGCAUUCAUGGCCGCAGCAGUCUACAAGAUCGUCUGUGCACCCCAUUUGGCCGUGGUGGCCCCUGUGCCGCCUUUCAGUGUUGGCUAUGCAGCUGCAGGGGAGGCACUGUUUACUGCCAUGCUUGUGUUCGUGGUGCUGAGCUGCGCCGUGGCAAAGAGGAACACACCCAACCAAUUCUAUGGUUUGGCUAUCGGCUUUGUCAUUCUUGCUGGUGGCCAUUCUAUCGGGCGCAUUUCCGGGGCUGCGCUGAAUCCGGCGGUUUCUGUGACCCUGGGCCUCGGCAGCGGCAAGGACCCGCACUGGGCUCUCGUCUGGUUUGCGGCAGAACUCGCGGGUGCUGCUGUGGCUGCUGGACUCUACCGCGCUCUGCGACCGGAGGAGUUUGACAAGGCCUCCACAGACCAGCCAGAUUUGAAGACACGAUGUUUGGCAGAAGCUUUCGGAACCUUCAUGCUGGUGGUGACCGUUGGAUUGAACAUUGUCUCGGGAUCCCAUGCCACCGCCUACUCGGCCGCUGCUGCCCUCAUGUGCAUGAUUUAUUCUCUUGGAAAUGUUUCUGGGGCGCAUCUCAACCCAGCUGUCACAGUUGCUGUGCUUGCUGGAGGUCGCGAGAAGAUCUCCCGACGUGAUGCUGGAGGCUACAUCCUUGCCCAAAUUGUUGGUGGGCUGCUCGCGGGCCUCGUCUAUGCAGCGUAUCACAUGGGCUCAGCAGUGGCAGACAAGUCGAUCAAGUUGGUUCCUGGAAGGGGCUUCGACCUCGUGCAGGCAUCGAUCGCUGAACUGGUGACGACAAUGUUCUUGGGCUACGUUGUCCUCAGCGUUGUCACUGUGAAGGAGCCAGUCGCCAAGGAUUUCUUCGGCCUUGUGAUUGCUACAACCGUCACCGGCGGCAGCUUUGCGGUAGGUUCUGUCUCUGGAGGUGAACUGAACCCGUCUGUUGUCCUGGGACUGAUGAUCGGUAACGUUGUGAAUCCUGGCAAGGGAGGCAUGGGUCCAGUAGCAAGCUGGGUGGCACUGCUAUCUUCUGAGCUUUUUGGUGGGCUGCUGGCAGCUGCCCUCUUCCGCAUGACCCACCGGCGAGAGUUUGUUGACGAGGCCAAAGAGGGAGAUGACAAGGAUGAUGGUGUGAAGGGACUAGACAAGGAGCAGGCUGCUGAUGUGGAAGCAGCGGCGUGA